AUGCUUUUCCCAUCAGAAACGCCUUUGACUCUGGCCGUUCAGGCUGAAAGGCCUCGCGAGAUGAUUCUGGCCCUGGUCGCCGGCGGAGCACAUUUGGACUAUCGUGCAGCCGAUGGUUUCACACCGCUUCAUCGCGCCUCUGCUCGUGGUAAUUGCGAAGCCAUAAAGGUGGGUUUUUUGCAUGAAAAUAUGUUUAUUUCAAUCUACGAGUCCUACCUAGCUUCACUAAGAAGAUAA